AACCUCGAGAUUAUACCAUUUUUUCACGUUUCAUUUUUACUCGCUCUCUAAGGAGAUCAAUGCAGGACUUCGGGUGGGAGGAAGUUGUUUGAAACCUUAUUUUUUUUAAACAAUGGGUAAAACUUUUCUACCAACCAGUCAAGUUUUUUGUCUGUCGGCAUCGAGCUUAAAAAGAAAGAUCUGCAGCCAAUACUCAGUUAGUGGGACCAUGAGGGAGCAGUUUCUCGCUGUUCUCCUUACAUGGUGUAGACUGUCAAUCGCGUACUCGAGAGAUGGCAUGCAGAUAGAGGGGAACUACAGGCAUGUUCAGAAGAAACGAAAAAGGCUGGAGGUUGGCUGACCAAGAGUUCAAAUCUGUCCAAGUUUUCUCAGAGUUUGAAUGUGCCCGUCUCUGCGUAGAUGAUCCAAGAUGCAAGUCGGCCAACUACAAAGAAGCUGCUGAGCAGUCUGUGUGUCAGCUCAAUAGUGAAACGAGUCGAUCAAGAAAAAACCUCUACAUCCCAGAGGAGGGAUACACAUUCUUGGAACCAGUGAAGUCUGCAUGUGUGCCGUCGUCGUGCCCUGCUGGAUACGACUGUCAUGAUGUACUGGACAGUCACGACGUGUUAUUUGAGUGCAAGCCUAAAACAGACUUCCAGAUCUCAUUUGCCGAAAGAACAACAAGUGAUUACGUAAGAUUGGACAAGAAAGUUGAGCUGACCAAGUUUACGUUAAGUCUGUCUAUCAGGAUUGACGAAAACGUCCCCAACACAUUCUUCUCCUACGCAUCAUCAAAUAAUAACGGGAUCAUGAUUAGAAAGGCAACAAAUGAAUUUAAAUUUGCUGUCCAAGGCGAUGCAGUGAGAAUUCCUUGCACCAUAAUAGCAGAUUCCAGGUUCCACUCUGUGGUCGCAACGUGGAGUAACUCGGAGGGAGAAUUCCAAUUCUACGUGGAUAACAGCUUGGUAACAAAGGAGAAGAACUUGGCAACUGGACGAACCAUUUCUGGAGGUGGAGUAUUUAUCAUUGGUAAUGAACAAGAUGAUUUGGGUGGUGGUUUUAGCUUUGGUAAUGCUUUAGUAGGAACAAUCACACGCGUGAAUUUGUGGGGCGUUGUGUUGCCGGACGAGUACAUCAAGGUCCUGGGACGGGGGUGUGGCAACGAGGUGGGUACGGUGCUGGCGUGGACGGAGUUCUAUCAGGGAGCCGCGAAUCUCGGUUACCAUGGAAACGCACGCUUCGAGGAGCCUUCAACUUGCGCAUGAAAUAAACAAUAGCCAUUUGAAAUGAUAUAUGCUUGGAAUCAUACAGGGUUAAACUUGUGGACUCAUACAAACCGGAUAACCCAUAUGUUUUGUCCAUACGAGAUUACGCAUAUGGACUCUUACGCCCGCUUUCAGUUUAUGUUACCGUAGUUUAUGUAAAUAUAGUUCAUGUAGCACUCAUGUAAACAGCAUGUUUAUGAUGGCAGAGCUAGGGUGUUUCGAGACCUUGGAAAUGCAACAGAAUCAUGUGUUUAUGUUAGGCAUUCGAAAUUCGCCCCUUGCGCGUUCCCUAGAGGUUCACUCACAUGCCUAUAUAUUUAGCUAAUUACAUUUGUCUUUCACUUGACCUUACCAGUUUUUCAUAACGCGUCGUUUUUUUUCCGGGGUUGUUUUUCCCCAGUUUUCUGCUAUAGUUGAUACAUAAACAUGUUUGUAUAUUUUACAUUACAUUUACGCUUGUAAUAUGGUCUCCAAUAAACUGGUACGCGUUACUCUUGUAA